AUGCUUUCCAUCUUCUUAUGGUCUCUGCCGUUUCCCGCCUCUGCCGUUGUCUUUUUCUUUCUCCCACCUCCGCCGUUGUCUUUUUCUUUCCCCCGCCUCCGCUGUUGUCUUUUUCUUUCCCCCGCCUCCGCCGUUGUCUUUUUCUUUCCCCCGCCUCCGCCGUUGUCUUUUUCUUUCCCCCGCCUCCGCCGUUGUCUUUUUCUUUCCCCCGCCUCAAUUAUUCACUGUCUUCCUCAUUCUUCUAUUCAUCCAUCUUUCUUCAUCGUUCCCCUCCUCUUCUCUCUUUCUUCAUCGUUCCCCUCCUCUUCUCUCUUUCUUCAUCGUUCCCCUCCUCUUCUCUCUUUCUUCAUCGUUCCCCUCCUCUUCUCUCUUUCUUCAUCGUUCCCCUCCUCUUCUCUCUUUCCUCAUCGUUCCCCUCCUCUUCUCUCUUUCCUCAUCGUUCCCCUCCUAUUCUCUCUUUCUUCAUCGUUCCCCUCCUCUUCACCCUGCCUCUGCAAUCCUCCUCUUCUUCCACCUACCAUUGCUGCUUUCAUCUUCUUCCUCAUUUCUCAUACCCUAUACAAAUUUUAA